AUGUCUGGAUCAUUUGGAUAUGUUUAUAUAGGCAUAAUUUCGAUAUUAUUAUUAAAAAUGUGUGUUUCAUUUUAUAAAAAUCAAAAUGACAGAAGCAAUAUAACAUCAAAAAAAUAUGAUGGCUCUACCAAUUUAGUAUCCAAAUCCACAAUUCAUAUAAUAUCCGAUAUCACAAAUAAUUUUGGUAAAUAUUAUGUUGCGAAUUUUGCCACUCAAAAAUAUAUCGUUGGGAUAAUCCCAAUAUAUAAAUCUUAUAAUAAAGAAUAUGAAGAUGUUUCAAAUUUUAACGCAUUUAUGGCACGUUUUUUUAAUUUUUUAAAUUUACGAAAUGGAAAAGUUAUAUUAGCAAGUGAAGAUAACAGUGUAUUAAAUUUCAUUCAAAAUACAAUAGAAAUAAACGAUGAAAAUGAUGAUAUUUUAUUAGCAUCAUGCAUUAUUAGUAAUGGAAAAGUAUCUGUUGUCGUGUGUGGUAUUAAUUAUGAAAAGGGAAUGGAUAAACUUGACCUUUUUUUAAGGGAUAAAGAACAAGAAAGCUAUGUCGUUAUAAACAACCUAUUCAUUAAUGAUAAUGUUAACAUGCAAAAUGAAAAUUUAAAACAUAUCGAAUUGUUAGAAAAAAUACCUUCAUCUCAGGAAUGCAAUGAUAUAUCUGAUUUGUCAUCCUUUUUAAAUUAUUUUAAUGUUAAUAAGGAUUGUCUAAAUGAUUUUUAUUCACUUAUGCAUAUAAAUAUUAAAAAUUAUAUAUAUUUUUACAAACUUCUUGGAAAUAAUGCGUAUCCAGAAACUAUUUUAAAUAUAUAUAUGCACGAUAGUCAUACGAGUGCAAAAAUAUAUAAUUCAAUAAUAUAUAUGUACCAUGCCUUAAUUUGUGAAGCUAUAAAAAAGAAUGAGAAAAAUAUUAUGAUGAAAAAAUUUUAUCCACUUUAUUUCCAAAGCCAUAAUUAUAAUCAAAUGACAAAAUAUGUGUAUAUGAAGUUAGAAAACAAUAUGUUGUUUUAUUUUUAUAAAAGCUAUUUAUAUUUAUAUUAUCAAAUAACCACGUUUUUUUCACUGAAUGGUCAAUAA